AUGUCGGUGAUUCUUGCCUCUGCUGGUUAUGAUCACACCAUUCGAUUUUGGGAGGCACUGACAGGAGUCUGCUCUCGUACCAUUCAACAUAGCGACUCCCAGGUCAACAAGCUCGAGAUUACCUCCGACAAGAAGUUUCUCGCCGCUGCAGGCAAGUCGAAAGUUCGUCUUUACGAUAUUCGGUCUGCGAACCCAAAUCCAGUGACUUCUUUCGAGGGACAUACAAACAAUGUGACCUCAAUUGCGUUCCAAAUUGAAAACAAAUGGAUGUGUUCCUCCAGCGAAGAUGGAACCGUGAAGGUGUGGGAUGUGCGGUCGCCCAGUGUUCAGAGGAACUACAAACACAAUUGCCCGGUAAAUGAGGUGAUCAUUCAUCCAAACCAGGGAGAACUCAUCAGCUGUGACCGGAAUGGAAACGUGAGAGUCUGGGAUCUGGGAGAGAACAAAUGUACUCACCAAUUAAUUCCAGAAGACGAUGUAUCCAUUCAAUCCAUCAGCUGUGCCUCGGACGGAUCGAUGCUCGUUGCAGGAAAUAACAAGGGAAAUUGCUAUGUUUGGGAAAUGAAGAACAGCGAAGACCAAACGCUGCUGAGACCGGUCAACAAAUUCAAAUCGCAUUCAAAAUACAUCACAAAAGUCCUGUUAUCGUCCGAUUGCAAGCAUUUAGCUACAUGCUCGGCGGAUCAUACUACUCGAAUAUGGUCCACAGAUAAUUUCGCGCUCGAGACUACAUUAAGAGGACACCAGAGAUGGGUCUGGGACUGUACAUUCAGUGCAGACAGUGCGUAUUUGGUGACUGCUUGCUCGGAUCAUUACGUGAGACUCUGGGACUUGAGCACCAGCGAAACAGUGAGACAGUAUAACGGACACAACAAGGGUGUGAUUUGCGUGGCUCUCAACGAUGUGUAA